AUGGAGAAACGCCAGUUAUUGGAGAGUUCCUGCUUCACAGGUCAUGCAGCUUUGGAUACCGGGAAGGGAUUAACCGGUUCUGAUCAUUGUGCAGUUUCAGGGAGUAUAUAUGAGACUUUGCCGCUUCAUAAACCUCUAAUUGUAGUGAUGAAUGAUAAUUUGAUGGAAAAUCAUCAAAGUGUACUUCCAGAAGAACUAGCAGGGAGAAAGCAUUUCUAUCGUACUAGUCCUAAAACGCUCCAUCAUAAAAUAGCAGAUAUGGAUUUCGAGUCUCUUAUUCCGUAUCCUGCAGGUGAUGCAACACCUGUUGCCAAGCUUAUACAUAGGUUUCUAGGUUUCCCUGAUGAUUGA